UUCAACAAUAGUAUAGGAUAUUUUUUAGAUUAAAAGAUGGUGGCAUUUUAUUCUCUUAAGCAUUUUAUUUUUAAAGAGUGACUUUCAGAGGAGAGGCCUUUUCUUCAUUCUUAAAGGAAACACUAGGGAGAAGUUUGCAGCAAGUAAGUGGCAAAGGAUCAGGUCGUGGCUUUAGUGUAACUAGUUCAGAAACUCAGUUUUAACUAAAAUUUGGUUCUUCCACCAAGAAAUCACCAGGAAGGUGAUAUCUAGGGAAUUCAUAAACCUGAUAAAUCUCAGGAGGCAUUGAAUUAGAGAAAGGUAAAAGCGAUAAUGGAGAUAUAAUCACUUUACUAGUGACUUAAGCCAAUGAACAGUAACAUCUGUUUAAACAGCAUCUUCAGGCCCAUUUUUGCAGAAUAUUUAAGCUCGGUGGUAGCAAGGAUUAGAAAAUCUCAAUUGCAUAGGUAUCAUUAUCUCACUUACUUGAGUAAGUGGGUUUUUAUAAAACUGAUUUUUGCGGCAACACAACUAUUAAUGAAAACAAAAACAUUUUGUAGAAAGGUAAGGCAGAUGUAACAGGGAAAGGGCUUGAUUAAACAGGGAACUCAUUGCAGAGCUCCAGUGCCGAAAGGACAUAUACAGGAGGUGGAGGUGGAGACACAGGCUGCAAAGGAGGAAUAUGGAAAUAUUGCUGAGGCAUGUGGGGAUGGUGUUAGGAAAGCCAAAGCUAAGCUAGAUUUGAAACUAACAAGAGAUAUCAAUGGUAACAAGAUGCUGUUUAUCAGGAAAAGGAUUCACAAGGAAAAAUAUGGUGCUGCUCCUGAGUCGGACAAGUGUUUUAGUGACAGCAGACACAGGUAAGGGUGAGAUGGUCGAUGUCGUCUUUGCCUCAGACUUCACCAAUAAGGUCUCCCAGGCCUUUUGCCACAAAGUAGAGUUCAAGGAGAGGAGGAACUACAAGUUGUGGAAGAGGAUUGAAGCAGGGGUUGUUUACCUGACAGUCCAUGGGCUGAGGUGGACUGUAUUCAAGGGUGCUUAGAGCUGACAGUGUCUUCACGAAGCUACUCUCUGUCAUCUCUGAAAGGCCAUGAGAUUGGGGGGAGAUCCCUGAAGACUGGAGAAAGGCAAACCUUACAUUCGUCUUCAAAAAGGGCAAGAAGGACAAUCCAGAGAACUACAGACUCCCUCCUUCCAUUUGUAGGCAUAGGGAGCAGGUGGGGACUGGGGAUAGCCAGCUUGGGAUCUACCAAAGAUAAAUCAUGCCUGACCAACUGGAUUGUCCUCUAUGACAAAAUAACUAGAUCUGAAGAUGAAGGGAGUGUUGUAUGUCACCUCCUGUGGGCUCAGGGGGACCUAAUAGAAGCCUUUAUAUACCCAAGAGGACAUUAUUGAAAAUAGAGCCAGUCUUUCUACUCAGGUGCACAGCAGAGGAAUGAGAGACAGCACAAGUUGAAACAGAGGAGGUUUCAAUUCAAAGGAAAUGAGGAUAGUUAGGCAUUGGGACAGGCUGCCCUGAAGGUUUGUCACAUUCCUGUCUUUGGAUGUUUUCAGUAUCCAACCAAACAGAGUCCUGGGCAAGCUGGUCUGAAUUCAGUGUUUGCUUUGAGCGGGAGGCUGCACAGGGCGACCACUUGGGAUCGCUUCCAAACGGAAAGAUUCUGUGAUGCUUAAAUAGUAUACUGUUUGUGAGGAGUAGAAAACAGCAAAUACAGGGGAAUAGUGUAAUCUUAGAAGUUAUGGAUAAACACAUUUCUGUCAUAUUGAUUUAAAUAUUAAUUUAAAUAUACAGUAUAAAAUAUGCUGUAGAAUAGAAUGUAAAAUGAAGGAUACCAGUACUAGUAACUCCAUAGCAGAAGAUUUUACUCCAGUCUUCUAAAAUUCUUUGGAGAAGAUGUCAAAUAAAUAAGAGCUGAUUAAUGCAAUUGUUGUGAUUAAUACAGUUGUCCAGACUACUAAAGUGUGUGAAUUUUGAAAUACCUCUCAUGGGAGAUAACUGAGAAAUAAUGUUGUCAUGAAUGAAGUCUUGAUUAAGAUACUAAAACAAAAGCUGAAAAUAGAAGUUCAUUUUUUUCCUACUUUUGAGAUUUUCUUUAAUCUACUUUAUUAAGACAUUAAAUCAGAAAGUGAUCUGGAAAAGGCAUUAUUCGUAAAUAAGCAAAAUCUGCCACUGUCACAUGUAUUAGAUUAGUCAGGAAGAGAGAAAAAUCUUGAAGAACAGAAGCGUCCAAAGGGGAGAGAGGUGAAUUGAUAUUAUGGUGAUAAGUUACAUUAUUUAUUAAUGAACAUACUGCAGUGCAUUGGGAGGGAAUUUUGUGCUGGAUUCAUGUUACUGGGUUUUAAGUUAACUGCUACAGAUGUUGAAGAUAGCUGGAAAGGAUAUGUGAGUAAAAGUCCUUUUAAUCAUCAGUGUCAGUGAAAAAUAAAAGUAUUGCUGAGUUUAUAAAGAAUGGGUUUGAUAAUAGCAUUGCAAUAUAACUUGAAGGUGUGCACUUCCUUGGAAAAAUAUUUUCAGUUGUAUACCUGUCUCAGAAAAUAAUAGAAAUAGGAGUUCAGAAACGGAUGGAUGAAAAUAUGACCAUAUCUGAAAAUGUAACGCACCACUAUGGCUGCUACAGUGAAUUUGGAGCUUGAUCCCAUUUUUUUGAAAGCCCUGAGCUUCUUACAUUCGAAGAGUAAGGACUCUGCUGAAAAGCUGAAAGCACUUCUAGAUGAGUCAUUGGCCAGAGGAACUGACUCAAGCUAUCGUCCAUCUCAGAAGGAAGUAGAGCAACCAAAAGUAUCUGUUACCAAACCUAUUUCCAGUAAGCAAGAGCCUAAGUCUUCUUCUAGUUUGCCUGCUGGCAACAACAAUGGCAAGCCCACUGCAUCUGAAAAGGUGAAAAAAGAAACAGAAAAGAGAUCUGCUGAUAAAAUAAAAGGAGAUAGCACUGAAGGAGCUGAUACACCAAAGAAGCCCAGACUAGAGAAGCAAGAGGCUCGUUCCUCUCCUAUUACGGUUCAGACAAGCAAGGAUUUAUCCAUGCCUGAUUUAUCUAGCUUUGAGGAAACCAGUGCUGAUGACUUUGCUAUGGAAAUGGGAUUAGCCUGUGUUGUUUGCAGGCAAAUGACAGUUAUUUCUCGGAAUCAGCUAGUCGAGUGUCAGGAGUGCCAUAAUCUCUACCACCAGGACUGCCAUAAACCUCAGGUGACAGAGAAGGAAGUGAAUGAUCCUCGACUUGUAUGGUAUUGUGCCUGCUGUACCAGGCAGAUGAAGAGAAUGGCUCAGAAGACGCAAAAGCCGCCUCAAAAACCAGCUCCUGCAGUGCUUUCAGUUGCACCAGCCCUGAAGGAUCCAUUGGUCAAGAAGCCAGAAAUUAAGUUAAAACCUGAGACCCCACCCACUUUUUUAGCAUUCAAGAGAUCAGAAGUCAAGUCCUCAGCAGCAAUUUCGGGGAACUCAGCCAGUACAAGUGUUUCCUCUUCGGCAACCAGUGGCCUUACAGGAUGGGCUGCUUUUGCAGCCAAAACCUCCUCUGCCAACCCAUCAACUGCCAAACUGGGAUCAACAGCACAGAGUGCCAGUGGGAAACCUGCAGCUUCUUCAAAUAACCAGAAACCUGUAGGUUUGUCAGGGCUGGCAACUUCCAAAACAGGACUAGGGUCAAAAAUAGCUUCUGCCAACAACAGCACAAACCCUGUUCAGCUGAAACCUCCACCUCUGACGCUGGGGAAAACCACUCUUAGCCGCUCAGUAAGCAGUGACAAUGUCAGCAAAGUAGGUCUUCCCAGUCCCAGCAGUACUACGCCGAGCACCAGCAGCCAGGCAAGCUGUGGGAAUGGCAACAGCGGGACCGCAGGUAACAGCGGGGGCAGCGCAAGCAAAACCACGGCAGAUACUGGUAAUCAGUCAACCUCCCUAAAAGGCCCAACUUCUCAGGAAUCUCAGCUCAAUGCUAUGAAAAGGUUACAGAUGGUCAAGAAGAAGGCUGCCCAAAAGAAGCUCAAGAAGUAGUAUGGCAAUUUUGUUGGUUGUGUUCUGUGAAACAGCAGCAUUUGGUGUUUUUCUUGAAUCCCCCGGUUACUGGACUGAAACAGUAGUUAAAUCAGGGAAGCCCAAAACCUACGUUAUACAGGAGGUCAAACUUUCUUAAUCCUGGUAUUCCUUCUGACUCGCAAAUCUAUGAAUUUGGAUAUAUUGGAGGAAUUCACUAUUGUAUGCUCCUGGUUUUUAGCUCAAAGCACUGAAACUUGAAAUUGUAAAAGUUGGGUAUUUUGGAGUAUAAAAAACAGAUUUCUGUGGACACAAUAAAUUGAACUUACUGAACCUGUCAUUCUUAAAUGUUAUUAAUAAAAGUGUUAUUAAUCUGUGAAA